AUGUCAAAUCGAAUUCAUCAACCAUUAAUAUUUUCAAUUGAUAAUCGUUUAUCAGAACAACAUUUAACACGACUUGAUUUAUGUUCAAAAAAUUUAAAAAGAAUCGAUAAUUUACCAAAUGAUAUUAAUUUUAAUAUUAUUCUAUUUGAUUACAAUGACAUAAAUAAAUUAGAACAUUUAGAACAUUUUCCACAAUUAAUUCAAUUAUCAAUUUCACACAAUCAUCUUGUUGAUAUUCGUUUACUUACUCGAUUGCGAUCUAUAGAAAAACUUAAUCUGUCACAUAAUUUAAUUGAUUCGAUCGAUUCUUUAAAACCGUUACAAAAUCUUGUGAUGUUAAAUAUUUCAAAUAAUAAUAUUAGUAGUAUUGCAAUAUUAAACUCUUGUCAUGCUCUACAAUCAUUAGAUGCAAGUGGAAAUUCAAUACAACAGAUUGAAGAUUUAUCACAGUUAACAGAACUUAAAUAUCUAAAUUUACAUAAAAAUUUUAUUGAUACAUUAAAUUCAGUUUCACGUCAAUGGCCAAAAUCACUUCAUACACUUGUCAUAUCAGAUAAUGAAAUUCAAGAUUUAACUGAAAUUUCUUAUCUAUCAUCAUUUAUCAGUUUGAAUACAUUGUAUAUUAUUGACAAUCCAUGUUUAUCAACAGUUAAUGAACGACAUGGUUGCCAUCAAUCGUUUGACUAUCGACCAUAUAUUCUCAACUGGUGUUUAUCUAUUCAUAAUUUAGAUGGAAUAUUUAUUACACGAAAAGAAAGUUUAAAAGCUGAAUGGCUUCUAAGUCAAGGUAAAGGUCGAUCAUUUAUACCCGGUGAACAUACAAAAUUAGUUGAAUAUUUAACACGAGUUUGUGGAACAGAUGGCAGUGAAAAAGAUGAUCUUAAUCUAUCACGUAUUAUGUUACAACAAGAUAUUUAUACUCAACAACGACAAAAUGAAAAUACGAGUGACUACAUGAUGUUAACAUCAGAUACAAUGAAAGAUGCGAGUGAAAUAUUACCUAAAAAUACUCAACGAAAUCUUCAACAAAGUACAUUGAUAUCAGAAUCAGAAUUUAUUAAAUUAAAUAUGCAAUCUUCAAUUUCCUCAGAUGAAGAACCUAUACCAUCAACUCAUGAAUAUCAAAAUCAAAUACCAAAUCCAGGAUAUACCCGAUCAGCAAGUAUCAAUAUUGUUCAUACUCAUGAUCCAAUAUCUGAGAAUAAUUCUGCUAAUCGUUAUACUGAAUAUGAUGAACGACCUGUAAAACCACUUGAUCAAAAUAUGCUUCAAACAAAACUUAAUCAAUAUCCAGUUGAUAGUAGUCCAAAUGAUAAUAGCAAUAGUUCUCGUUUACGAGCGUAUAAUGCUAAUCAUUAUUCACCAAUAACCACUACAACUGGACCUACAACUUCAUCAAUAUUCUCUGGAGAAUCAAAUCGUACACUUGCUAAACAACAUAACAAUCGUGCAAAGCAUGAAAGAAGACAUUCAACGAAUACCAACGCAUUACAACUACACAGUCAUCCGAAUGAGAAUCUUAAACAUCAUUCGACAACUACGAAUAACAUUAAAAUCAAACAACAACAACCAUUAACAGGCACUUCAAAGGACAAUAAAAAUCAACAUACUGAUAAUGAACUGCAAUCAAAAUCAGCUCCUAUUAAUACUAUGCUUUUAACUCAAAGUACCACAAUGAAUAAUACUACUGACUUAGAAAAGUUAACUACAUCAGUAGACACAAUGCGAACAUCAAUUCUUCAAGCAUAUCUUGAUUUACACGAAAGAUUUACAAAAACAACAGAAUUACAAACAUCAGCAUUGAGUACUCUUUGGAAAAAAUGUGAAUCACAAAAUUUAACACAUCAACGUGAAACUGAAAAAAUCAUACAAGAAAAUCAAUUACUUAAUCAACGUAUACGUGAACUUGAAAAUCGAUUAAAUACGAAUCUAUCAAAUCCGAUUAUACAACCAUCGAAUUCUACUCCAAAACAGAAUCUAAAUAUACAUCCUCCACUUCGUGCUCAUAUAUCAAAACGUGAUACAAAAAGUUUUUUUCUUCAUUGGAUACCUAAUCCAUUAAAUGAACAUCAUAACAUACUUGGUUAUCGAAUAUAUGUUGAUGAUAUAUUAAAGGGAGCUAUUGAUCCAGGUCGUUUCGAAGCUAUUAUUGAUUAUAUUCGUGAUGAAGGAGAAUAUAAAAUAAAAAUUCGUACAUUUAAUCAAGAUGGAGAAUCAGCAGAUUCAAAUAUUGUUGUUGCCAGAUUUCGUCGUCAACAUUCAACAAUACCAUCAAAUUUCGAAUCAGCAAGUUCGAUUCAUCGUACACAAUCAGAUCAUAUUCAUCAAAGACCAUCAAAUGAAAAUUUAUUUAUUUCACCAAGAGAACAAAUUCAAACACCAAUUAUUAUGAUUAAACGACGAACUGAUGUUGAACAACAAGACAAUAUUUCAAUGUCACCAGAAAAACAAGUAGCAGAUGCGAAAUCGUUGUUUUUUAAUGAUUAUGUAGUUAGUCGUAAACCACCCUUAUCACCUUCAACUAGUCCUAGUAAGACUGAUAAAAGAUCACCAAAUAAUGAAUCACAUAAUAACAAUGAUUCAUCAUCUAUGAUUACAAAAAAACAUAGUCCUUCACGAGCUGGUAUUAUGUCUCGUCUAACAAGAAGUGCGCUUAAACUUAAACAAAAUAAUAAUCAUAAUCUUUUAAAUGUUCCUCCUAUUGAACGAAGUAAUAGUCCAACUGAAUCAAUGACUGUAUCAAAAGCUCAAGUAAAUCCAACUAAACGAGCACUUCUUUUUCAACCUGAUCGGAUCAGUCAUGAUUUAGAUCAACAAAUCCCAUCAGCUGAUUUACAAAACUCGGUGGAUAUUCAUGAUUUAGUAACACAUUCUGAUAUAUUUUUAUCACAUUCCCUAUCACCACCUAUUUCAUCUGAAUUACUCUCGAAAAAUAUCGAUAGAAUUUCAAUUCAUGAAUAA